AUGCCCAAAGGAGAUCGCCAAACAGAUGGCAUCUUCAGCAGAGGAAAGCAAUAUACUUAUCUUGCAGCAGAAGAGGCUGCAGGUAUUGGAAUCCUUGUUGUGGUUCUUGCAGUUUUACUGAUCAUUGGCUGCUGGUAUUACAAAAGGCGAUGUGGCUAUAAAAACCUCCAGAGUAAAAGCUCACAUGCUGGCACUAUGAGAAGGGUGGCAGGUGAAGAUGCCCCACUGGAUUGCAAAGCACUUUUACAGGAGUACAGCAACUUUAAUUCUGUGGUACCUGAUGCUCCACCAACAUAUGACAAAAUCUCUGCAGACCCAUUGCCACCACCUUAUUCACCAUGA